GUAUAGUUUUCUGUAACAACAUAUUAUCAAUAUUCGUAAUUUAAAUAAGUUUCUAUUUUUACUUUAGACUAAAACUUCAGUGCCAAAGUGUUUCUUAUACGAAUGACGGAAUUUUUUUUAAGAAGUAUUUAAUAAAAAAUAAUUAAAAACGUUAAUAUUUUACUAAGAAUACUUAUAACAUUCAAGUUCAAACGUGUUUCAUAGCAAAAUGUCAUUUUUAAGCUCUUCUAAAAAUCCAGAUGUCAUUGUUAAAACAUUAAAUAGUGAAGACGUUUCUUUGUUGACCGUAUCUACUCAAAAGUUGUACAACCAAUCAAGAGUAGAAUGUGAUUUCGAUGAAGAUGAUGAUUUGACAGCAAGACCAACUCCAUCUGGUAGUCCUCCACCAAUUACAUUGACUUCUGUCAAACCUUGCGAUAGUGAUGAUGACGAUAACGUCGUCAAUACGUCACCGACAGUUCUGCAGCAGUCUUCAGCCACAGCGCCUUGUAUGACUGGUUCCUCGGUUUCUUCAGGAGUACACCAUUCGAGCGAUUUAGGAACAAAUGUAAGUGGUUGUGUUUCGUCAUCAUAUCAAUUGCCUCAAUUUCCGAUCGAACGAAUUGAAAGUAAAAUGGCUGCAAUUAGUAGCAGUUUGGCAAAAGAAUUGGAUGAAAAAAGAAGUGCAACAACUGCUGUUCAUUGCCAACCAACAGUUUCAGCUGUAUCUGCUUUCAAAGAUAGUUAUAAUAAUAGUCAGUUAUAUGGUGAUGAUCUACAAUCUGCAAUUUUUGAACCUCCCGAAUUAUCUGACUUAGAUGAUCAACAUCCAUGGCAACAGCAAGGAGAUGAUAAUCAUGGCCAAUAUGAUUUCAUUCCUCAUUUUCAACGAGUCAGUAUUAGCGGUGAACAUAACAGUGGAGUGCCUUUAGAAGAUUUACAUUGGGCAUCACAACAACUAAUGGAAGCACUGCAUAUUCGUGAACGUUAUAUGCGAGUAUCUCAUCAAUCAUUUCCAACAAUCACUUCUAAGUUUUUUCAUAAAAAAAUACACAAUGAAAAUCUAUUAAAUACUGGAGUUACGUCCGAUUCUAAAAAUGAUGAAGAAAAUUUUGCAUCCUCUUCAGCAGAUGACAAUAAUUUUCAUAAUGAAAACAAGCAUUAUGAACCAUAUCCUAGUGCUCGAAUUAUCAAACAUGAUGAUCGACAGUCAAUUGCUGCGGAGAAACCAGUUGUAACUAAUACAUUAGAUCUACAACGGCGGUCUUCAACUCAUCGGAGACCGUCCACAAAAUCUUCAUAUAAUCCAUGGGCCGAUCGUCGAAGUUCAACCAUGGACGACGCGUUCACCGAUCAGCUAUUGUUUGACAUUGCUUCUGGUGAAUACGAUCAUCCAGUUCACCCACCUGCCAGUGUUGGCGAUCCAUGGCAAUGCGAUUUUCCACCAUCUUUAGGAUACACUAUACGCCCACAAGAUGGAGUAUUUCAUUUAUUUGAUAAUCCAGACUCAAAAACACCCCUUCAAGGAUUUCCAUAUCCUAAUUUGGAAACAUUUUGUAAAGACAUGGCACGUCUUUGUACAAUGAUUUCUGAUGGGCCUUUGAAAUCGUUUUGUUAUCGCCGUCUAUCUUACCUAUCAUCAAAAUUUCAACUGCACGUACUCUUGAAUGAAUUAAGAGAACUUGCUUCUCAGAAAGCCAUUCCUCAUCGUGAUUUCUACAAUAUAAGAAAAGUAGAUACACAUAUUCAUGCAGCUUCUUGUAUGAAUCAAAAACAUUUAUUACGAUUUAUUAAAAAAACAUUAAAGAAUCAUGCGGAUGAAGUUGUUACUGCUGGAGGUAUGACACUAAAACAAGUAUUUGAAUCAAUGAACCUAACAUCAUACGAUUUGACUGUUGACAUGUUAGAUGUACACGCGGACCGUAAUACAUUUCACAGAUUUGAUAAGUUCAAUGCUAAGUAUAACCCUAUUGGAGAAUCUCGUUUACGGGAAGCUUUCCUAAAAACUGAUAACCAUAUAGGUGGAAAAUAUUUUGCUCGAGUAAUUAAUGAAGUAGCAGCAGAUUUAGAAGAAUCUAAAUAUCAAAAUGCUGAAUUAAGACUUUCAAUAUAUGGAAAAAGUCGAGAUGAAUGGGAUAAACUUGCAAAAUGGGCAAUUUCUAAUCGUGUUUACUCUGAUAAUAUUCGAUGGCUUAUUCAGAUUCCACGAUUGUUUGAUAUAUUCAAAUCCAAUAAUAUACUGGACAACUUUCAACAGUUGCUGGAUAAUGUAUUUUUACCAUUAUUUGAAGCUACUAAUGAUCCAAAUUCUCAUCCUGAUUUACACAGAUUUUUACAACAUGUGAUUGGAUUUGAUAGUGUGGAUGAUGAAUCAAAACCAGAAAAUCCAUUUGUUGAUAGAGAUGUACUCAAACCAGAACAGUGGCAAGAUACUACUGACAACCCACCUUAUGCAUAUUAUCAAUACUAUAUGUAUGCCAAUAUGACAGUCUUAAAUCAUCUCAGAGUCAAACAAAAUUUAAACACAUUUGUGUUGAGACCACAUUGUGGAGAAGCAGGAGCAGUUCAACAUUUAGUUUGCGGUUUUAUGAUGGCUGAAAACAUAUCUCAUGGGUUAUUAUUAAGAAAAGUACCCGUGCUACAAUAUCUUUAUUAUGUUGCCCAAAUAGGUAUAGCUAUGUCUCCAUUAUCAAAUAAUUCUUUAUUUUUGAACUAUCAUCGAAAUCCAUUACCAGAGUAUUUAGCUCGAGGACUAGUUGUUAGUCUUUCAACUGAUGAUCCUCUACAAUUCCAUUUUACUAAGGAACCUUUAAUGGAAGAAUACUCAAUAGCAGCACAAGUAUGGAAGUUGUCUUCUUGUGAUAUGAGUGAACUAGCUAGAAAUUCUGUUUUAAUGUCUGGUUUUCCUCAUAGGAUUAAACAAUAUUGGCUUGGACCAAACUAUACUAAAGAAGGUGUAGCUGGUAAUGACAUAUCUAGAACUAAUGUACCAGAUAUUAGAGUUGCAUAUCGAAAUGAAACUUUAUUAGGUGAAUUAGCAGUUAUUUUCGGCACAAACCCAUUGGAAUCAAUAUCAUAAACUGCAGCGAAUAAAGUUAUUAGUGGAACAUCUUAUUAAAUAUUAUUCCAAAUAUUUAUUUUAAGAAAAAUACCAUAUUUAUACCAUUAAUUUUAAGAAUUGUAACCAAUUUAACUAUUAUUAUUUUUUACCUUAUUAUAACUGUUAUUAUUGUUUUAUGUUGACAGAAUAUUCUAUAAAUAAACGAGAGACUAUGAUUAGCACACAA